UCAAUGAUUUCAUUCGUCGUGUUCGCUUUCCUUUUCAUUAUCUAGACCAAUUCCUCAGUUGGUGAAUUCUAAAUAUAUUUUUGGCAUGAAAAUAAUUUUGAUUUGCUUUUUCAUACGAUUAACACAUCUUUAAAAUCCAUUCUUAAUCUCAUAUUUAAAACUGCCGCUAUUGACUUGUUGAAUUUUCUAUUUCAGAAACUGAACUUUAGACAGACAAAUAAAUGGGAGAUUCUCAACCUCGUUUUUCACUCGUUCCAAAAAUCAUCAAUGGCGGCAUCGCUGGUAUCAUCGGCGUAUCUUGCGUUUUUCCACUGGACUUGGUCAAAACACGACUACAAAACCAAAAAAUUGGUCCGAAUGGAGAACGAAUGUAUACAUCAAUACUCGACUGUAUGAGAAAAACGUAUAGGGCAGAAGGAUAUUUCGGUAUGUACCGAGGAUCUGCCGUCAAUAUUCUACUAAUAACCCCAGAAAAGGCAAUAAAACUAGCAGCUAAUGACUUUUUCAGGCACCACCUAACCACAUCAGACGGAAAACUGCCGAUGGUUAGACAGAUGGCAGCUGGUGGUAUGGCAGGAUUUUGCCAAAUUGUGAUAACGACGCCUAUGGAACUUCUCAAAAUUCAAAUGCAAGACGCAGGAAGGGUGACUGCUGCCGCUCUUGCAGAAGGCAAACCUGUACCUAAAAUGACAGCUACUAGUUUAACGUUGAACCUAUUGAAAUCCCAUGGUUUGCUUGGCCUGUACAAAGGAGUUGGUGCUACGAUGGCCAGAGAUGUUACGUUCUCGGUUGUGUACUUCCCGCUUUUUGCUACUUUGAAUAGUUUAGGACCUAAACGUAAUGAUGGAUCCGGUGAAUCCGUGUUCUGGUGUUCUUUCAUAUCAGGCUGUGCUGCAGGCUGUACAGCUGCUCUUGUUGUAAACCCAAUAGACGUAGUUAAGACAAGAUUACAAGCUCUCACUAAAGCUGAAGGUGACAGAACGUAUAAUGGAGUGGUUGACGCUUUUGUGAAAAUAAUGAAAUAUGAAGGACCAUCCGCCUUCUUCAGGGGAGGUGGUUGCAGAUGUAUGGUUAUAGCUCCUUUAUUCGGUAUUGCCCAGAUGGUGUAUUACCUAGGAGUAGCUGAAUUUCUUCUGGGCAUGGGUCAUAGGAAAUAUUGAACGUCUUGGAGGUAGUUUCGAUAAAUGAUGGAACAUGCUGGAAAUGCUUCCAUCGCUAUUUAUAGAUAUCAAUUAAAAUCUAUCUUCUUGGAAGAUGAAUUGCGUUGUCAAUUGAUAUUUCAGGAAACUUGGAGCCUAGAAAAUAUGUGAACUUAAACCUAUAUAAGUUAUUCUAAGUUGGUAAUUAAUAAGUACAACUCCGUUUGAUAAUAUGCUUUGAAGCUCACUCUGUUCGAAAUCGGGUCAUUUUGACAAUUAUUGAAUAGGUUUGAUAUUUUGUUUAUAGUUUGAAUUUUUAUGAGCCGAUUCGUUGUAGAAUCAUUGCAAUUUGUCAUUUUAUUGAACUGUUAAUGAAGUAGUUUUUAAGUGUUGAUUUAUUCAUUCCAAUUAUUUUGCUUAUUUUAGCUUUUUAUGCAGUAUUAUGUUCGCAUUUCAUGACUACUUUUUUAUCUUUUUGCUGAUGCAUUAUGUGUGCAAUUUUUUGUAUGCAUUCUAUUUUUUUGCUCAAUAAAGUUAUUUUCUUAUGUUCGAUAUCAUAAUUUCAUUCAUCUUCAUGUAUCGCAUUAUUAUUAUUUCUGGUUUAUGCUUGGAUUUUUUCUUCACUCAUUCAAUCAAAAAUUAUAUUUUAUUUUCAUUACUCAUAAUAGUUACUAUAAGUGUUGAGAAUAUGAAAAAAUAAUAAAUCUCCGAGUGGAAUGACAAUAAUAUAGAAAGAGAAAAAAUUGUUGAAGCGGCUGUUGGAAAUAUUCAUAAUUAAUUUUUCCACUAUAACAAAAUAUUCGGUAAUUCUUCAUUACUUUCGAAUUGCCUGGAAAACUCUACUCGAUAUUGUGAUUGAUAAUUAUGUGACCAUUACUUGAAGGCAAUAGUAUCUCGUCAAUUGGCAUAACGCCCUUGUUUUGAGUGUUACAAUAAAUGUUUAUGAAGCAUU